UGGUUUAGGGGACGUCACCUGAGCUACCAGCGCUCUCGUCACACCACCCGCCCUGCUACCAGCCUGAUCAAGAUUGAGGGUGUUGAUGACACCAACGCCGCCAACUUCUAUCUCGGCAAGAAGGUUGCUUUCGUCUACCGGGGUCAGAAGGAGAUCCGCGGUACCAAGAUCCGCGUGAUCUGGGGCAAGGUCACCCGACCACACGGAAACUCCGGCGUCGUCCGCGCCAAGUUCACCUCUCCCCUUCCCACCAAGUCUUUCGGUGCUUCCGUUCGUGUCAUGCUGUACCCUUCGUCGAUAUAA